GCAUGCGUCCUCCCAAAGCCGUCUCCUCGGCGUCUCCCUUCGAGUUUCCAGUUCCGGCCUCACAGGGGCGGAGAGAAACGAGGAAAUAUGCGGCUGUCGGUCGCCGCCGCCAUUUCCCAUGGCCGCGUAUUCCGCCGUCUGGGCUUUGGUCCGGAGUCCCGCAUCCACCUGUUGCGGAACUUGCUUACAGGCCUGGUGCGACAUGAACGCAUCGAGGCGUCCUGGGCGCGCGUGGACGAAAUGAGGGGCUACGCGGAGAAGCUCAUCGACUAUGGGAAGCUGGGCGACACCAACGAACAAGCCAUGCGCAUGGCUGACUUCUGGCUUACGGAGAAAGACUUGAUUCCAAAGCUGUUUCAAGUACUGGCCCCUCGGUACCAAGGUCAGAAUGGGGGCUACACGAGAAUGCUGCAGAUCCCAAAUCGGAGUAAGCAGGAUCGGGCCAAGAUGGCAGUGAUCGAGUAUAAGGGGAACUGCCUCCCACCCCUGCCCCUGCCUCGCAGAGACAGCAACCUUACACUUCUAAACCAGCUGCUUCAGGGGUUGCGGCAGGACCAGAAAGCAAGUAUCCACGGCUCCCACACAGCUCAAACACCAGGGAUUUAAUUGGGGCCAGAGGGUGUGUGGCACGCUCAUCAAUGCCCAUGAUCACAGGCCUUUGGAGCUCUUUUAAUCUCUUAAGAACUGGAGCUAGAGUUGUUAACGGACAGUGUUAAUGGAGACAAGAACCUUCUGGGAGCCAGAUAAUCAUCUUUGCAGUAGAUAAAAUUCCUUGUAUAAAUAUAUGUAUGUAUAUGGGGUUUUUUUUCUGCUCGUGGGAUUUCUGGGGAAUGAGAACUAUCCAAAUGCUCAGUCUCCGUGGGCUAGUAAAUUCACUGCUUGUGUUUC